UAAUAAAUAAUCGCCUCGUUUUUACUCUUCAUUUUGUUCUUCUACUUUAACAUUCAGGUUUUUAUUAUAUACUCGCUAAAACUUUUGCUUUCGAUGCCAACUCAAAAACUCUGCGCACGGUUCAGUCCCUACGACAGCACCACCACCCAGCCUCGAGUGAGCGCCGCGCGCCCUCCCAACCCAGUGUUUAAGCACACCGCCGUCACACACCCUCUCCUCACCGGAUUUACGAUUUCCCAGACCUUUGCUGCCACCAACAAUUCUUUGGACGCCGACCUGGAUCUCCCAAGUGUGCAGGUUCAGAUAUCUGAGCUCCAACGCGUACUCCAGCGCAAAACACGGCUAAUCAGCCAGCAAAAGCAAAUUAUCGACGCUAAGCUGGAGGAAAUCGCAUUGCUGACGAUUAAACUGGAAACCGCUGGUAUUAAAAUUGCGGCAAGGGAUAGGUGGAUUGAGGCAAAGGUCCAACAGCUUGCAGCAAAAGACGAGUGGCUUGCGGCAAAGGAGGAGUUGCUCCAGGCGUAUUCUGAUCGUAUUGCAGCAAAGGAUGCUGAGAUUGGGGUAGUUUCUAGGAAUUUUUUGGAAAAGUGCCGAGAGGGGGAGUUAACUAGGGGGAGGGUUGCGGAAUUGGAGGCGGCGCUUGGCAGGUUGGAUGUGGGAAGAUUGAGCAUGGCGCCCAGCGUUUAUGAGGAUUGCGCGGUGGUACAAGAGAUGGCAGUUACUGGUGUUGGCAAAGUCAAAGCUUUCGAUGCUGACCAUGCUGUUUAUGUUGCCAGCACUAUCAAUGCUGGCGCUGCUGUAGAUGUUGCUGAUACUGCCGAUGCUGCCAGUGCUGACGGUGAUGUCGAUUCUGGUGUUGCUGUGGAAACUGCUGACACUGAUAACCCUGCUGAUAACAGGACUGUUGCAAUGGUGAACUCUAAAGUUGAGGGCGGUGCAGCGUCGCUGGUAAACAAUGUUGCAGCCAACAUUAUUACAGGUAGCUCUGUGAAGAUUAAUCCAUUUUCAUCACCUGAUGUUAAAAGCCCAUCUGUCCCGCUCACAUCCAUGGCUAGUCAAAAGAGAAUCUCUGCUUUUUUUGGCCCACGCUCCACCCCAUUUGUUGUUGUUAAGCCACAGGCAAAGAACAUUUGUCCUCCAGGCUUUGUGUUUGGCGACCCUGCGCGCUUGCACUCUGCUACUGAGCCAUCCUUUUCGGGAAUAAAGAGCAGGACUGCUCUUGUUAUUUUUGUUGUUUUCAACAAAAACACUGCGCAAGCAGCCGUUGAUAUGAUUUUCAACAAGAUGAUGCAAUCUCAGUGUCCUGAUAUUGUGGUUGCUGCCAAUGUAGAUUACAGCACCAUACCAGAGCGUGCUGGUUGGGAGUUUAAAUUUACGACUAAUUUGGUAUGGGAAAAUGGUGCGGACCAAUGCAGCGGACUACUGGUUGGUUGGAACAAUCAUGCGUGCGAUAAUCUUGUGAAUUCGUCAAGCAAGUCCUCAGGGGUCAUAUCCCUUGAUUUGGGUACUCCAGAAAGUGGCAUUAUGAAGAUCAAAUUUGUAAACAUCAAUUGGGUAUGUGGUUUGUCUUUGAAAGAUCUACCGCUAAAGCCAAUUGUCAAAUAUGACCAUGGAACCCCGCUAAUUGAUUUUGGCAGUCCUCGUUUUGGCUUAUGUUUGGCUGCUGAAAAAAGCAGAGACAAAGCCUAUAUCAGUGAUUUUAAGCACAUAAAUAUAAAACCGAUUGGGACAGACGAUUACAACGGUCAUGACUAUGCCAACUCAGUUUAUCUGGGUAUGCGCUGCAUAAUCAAAGUCCCAGACAACUUGGCUUAAUAAACUUUGGGAUAUAAUUUUGUAUUAAAUUAAUAUUUACUUAAAUAUACGAUACCAUUCCACGUGUGAUAAGAACAUCUGAAAUAAAACAAUGUUGUUUUAAAAGCACACCGCAAUGGUGAUAGUAAUAAU